GAACUCGUCCUUAAAAAACACGGGUGGUGUCCAUAAUUUAGGGGUUUCUUAUCUGCUUCUGCUUCUGCUACUACUUCUUCAAUGGACAUGAUGAUGAAUAUUGACGAAUCCAACAACAACAACAACAUGAUGAGUAGUGAUAGUAAUAAGUUUUUUUCGUCUAUUAUGGCUACUGUCAUCAACAAGAACACCAACAAUUCUUCUUCUUCUUCACCUUCUACCUUCAACAUGCCUCAUCAUCAUAACUAUACCAGCCACCACCAGCAACAACAACAAACCGCCACAAACACCAACAGCAACGGCGGCGCCGGAAGUAGUAGUGUACAAGUUAGGGAUAAGAUCAUAGCACAUCCUCUCUUCCCUCGUCUCUUAUCUUCUUACCUUAAUUGCUUGAAGGUUGGAGCACCUCCAGAAGUGGUGGGUAGGUUAGAGGAGUUAUGUGGAAAGUGUUCAUCAUCAUCAUCAUCAAGAAGAUCAGAUAGUAAUUCAUGCAUAGGUGAAGAUCCAGGGCUUGAUCAGUUCAUGGAAGCAUAUUGUGAGAUGCUCAUUAAAUAUGAGCAAGAGAUUUCUAAACCCUUCAAAGAAGCCAUGCUCUUCUUCUCAACAAUUGAUUCCCAGCUUAAGGCCCUUUCUCUUUCAUCACCACAUUUUGGUACUAAUCAUCAAAGUGAAUCAUCAUCAUCUUUACUACAAAAUGAGGUUGAUGUGCUUGAUGAGAACAACAACAAUAAUAGGAACAUGGAUACAAGUCAAGCUGAAGAAGACAGGGAACUAAAGAUCCAGCUUCUGAAGAAGUACAGUGGAUAUCUUGGUGGACUCAAGAAGGAGUUUCUCAAGAAGAAAAAGAAUGGAAAGUUGCCAAAAGAAGCUCGUCAGCAGCUUCUUGAUUGGUGGAACAGACAUUACAAAUGGCCUUAUCCUUCGGAAUCCCAGAAACAGGCACUAGCAGAAUCAACAGGGCUAGAUUUGAAGCAGAUAAACAAUUGGUUCAUCAAUCAGAGGAAACGCCAUUGGAAGCCUUCUGAGGACAUGCAAUUUGCUGUUAUGGAUGCAACUAACCACUACAUGGAAACUAUCAUGUGCAAGCCAUUUCCCAUGGAUACCAUGCCUAUUCUAUUUUAA